UUGCACUCGUAGUUUUUAAGGUUCGCCUCACCGACACAGCGGAAACGCAACACUUCAGGCACCGCCUCCAAGAUGGCGGCGCCCAGUGGUUAGAGCUGUGACUUGCCUCUGCUGGGCUUCGAAAUAAAGCGUUGCUAGUAUUUUCGGACUAUGGAUCCGCCUGGGUUUACGGCCUCUCUGGUGGGGCUGCUGGAACUUUGGGGGACUCAUAAGCUGGAGAGUGGCUAGAUGAAAUUGAAGUUUGCAUUUUACAAAAGUGACUCUGCCAUCAGUGUAGAAGUGGCAAGGAGCACUGCAGGACAGGCUGGUGGGGUAGCAGGUGUCUCUGUUGACUUGAUAUUAUUUCCUCUGGAUACCAUUAAAACGAGGCUGCAGAGUCCGCAAGGAUUUAAUAAGGCUGGUGGUUUUCGUGGAAUAUAUGCUGGCAUUCCUUCUGCUGCUAUUGGAUCCUUUCCUAAUGCUUCUGCCUUUUUUAUCACCUAUGAAUAUGUGAAAUGGUUCUUGCACGCUGAUUCAUCUUCGUAUCUGAUGCCUGUGAAACAUAUGUUGGCUGCCUCUGCUGGAGAAGUGGUUGCCUGCCUGAUUCGAGUUCCUUCUGAAGUAGUUAAGCAGAGGGCACAGGUUUCUGCUUCUUCAAGAACAUUUCAGAUUUUCUCACACAUUUUAUAUCAAGAGGGCAUCCGAGGACUGUAUCGAGGCUACACAAGCACAGUUUUGAGAGAGAUUCCUUUCUCAUUGGUCCAGUUUCCCUUAUGGGAGUCCUUAAAAGCCCUCUGGUCCUGGAGGCAGGAUCGCAUGGUGGAUUCUUGGCAGUCAGCAGUCUGUGGAGCUUUUGCAGGUGGAUUCGCAGCUAUGGUCACCACACCUCUGGAUGUGGCGAAAACAAGAAUCAUGUUGGCGAAGGCUGGUUCCAGCACCGCUAGUGGGAAUGUCCUCUCUGUCCUGCAUGAGGUCUGGCGGAUGCAGGGAUUGUCAGGAUUAUUUGCAGGUGUCUUCCCUCGAAUGGCAGCCAUCAGUCUGGGAGGUUUCAUCUUUCUUGGUGCUUAUGACCAAACUCGCAGCUUGCUGUUGAAACUUGGCAAAGAGAGCCCAUGAAUCCCACGGCCCUCCAUCCCCUUCUUUCAUGAAGGGGCCAUGCUGUGAGAGCUGAUCCAGUCCAGCGAGCAGCUGUUCAGCCAUCUAAACCACAGAACACAGUGCUGAAAUCCAGCUCUGCAGAAUACGACAUGGAGAACUUGUUUUCUGUGCUAUAGGCUGGCUGGAAUGAGGUCAUCAGCCUAUUUGCCAGAAAGAGAGAAAACAAUGUCCAUAGAGGUACUCUGAAUAAUUUUCUCAGAACCACUUAAUAAAUAAGUUUGGUGAUGCUGA